GCGUAAUGACGUUUAAAUUCCCUGCAGACCCGGAAGUGCAAUCGAACUUGGUCGGGGCGCGGAUCUUGAGAGAGAAAGUCCGAGCCAGGGCGCAAGGGAGUUCGCCCAGAGAUCUGGAAGGCCACGCCUCCUCGCACCUACCCUCUCAGCAUUGCAGCUGGGGACAGAGCUCAGAUUUGCUGUCUAGGAUCGAUUUGGAUGAACUCAUGAAAAAGGACGAACCACCUUUUGAUUUUCCAGAUACACUGGAAGGCUUUGAAUAUGCUUUUAAUGAAAAGGGGCAGUUAAGACACAUAAAAACUGGGGAACCAUUUGUUUUUAACUACCGAGAAGACUUACACAGGUGGAACCAGAAAAGAUAUGAAGCUCUGGGCGAGAUCAUCACAAGAUAUGUUUAUGAGCUCCUGGAAAGUGACUGUAAUUUGAAAAAAAUCUCUAUUCCAGUAGAUGCCACUGAGAGUGAACCAAAGAGUUUUAUCUUUAUGAGUGAGGAUGCUUUGACAAAUCCACAGAAACUGAUGGUUUUAAUUCAUGGUAGUGGUGUUGUCAGGGCAGGUCAGUGGGCUAGAAGGCUUAUUAUUAAUGAAGAUCUGGACAGUGGCACACAGAUACCUUUUAUUAAGAGAGCUAUGGAUGCGUUUCUGCUUGUGUGUGUAAAGGGGGAAAGUAAAGUAGAUGGCCCUGCAAUCCUUUAAAUGCUUCUAGAUUUAAAACAAAUGACCAAAGUGUGGACACUUUGCCCCUUCUUAGAAUUGGGAACAAAACACCCAUGGAAGGAGUUACAGAGACAAAGAUUGGAGCUGAGACGAAAGGAUGGACCAUCUAGAGACUGCCAUAUCCAGGGAUCCAUCCUAUAAUCUGCCUCCAAACACUGACACCAGUGCACACACCAGCAAGAUGUUGCUGAAAGGACCCUGAUAUAGCUGUCUCUCGUGAGGCUAUGCCAGUGCCUGGCAAACACAGAAGUGGAUGCUCACAGUCAGCUAUUGGAUGGAUCACAGGGUCCCCAAUGGAGGAGCUAGAGAAAGUACCUAAGGAGCUAAAGGGGUCUGCAACCCUAUAGGUGGAAAAACAAUAUGAACUAACCAGUACCCUCCCCGGAGCUCGUGUCUCUAGCUGCAUAUGUAUCAGAAGAUGGCCUAGUUGGCCAUCACUGAAAAGAGAGGCCCAUUGGUCGUGCAAACUUUAUAUGUCUCAGUACGGGGGAAUGCCAGGGCCAAGAAGUGGUAAUGGGAGGCAAAGAGAGUGGGGGGAGGGUUUGGGGGAUUUUGGGGGUAGGAUUGGAAAUGUAAAUGAAGAAAAUACCUAAUUAAUAAAAAAUAUGCAUGCAGUUAAGGAGACACCUCAGUGACUUCAUCCUUAUCUCAUCCUUGGCUGAUUGAGUUGCACUAUGGAGAGCUGGGUGUAGGGGUGUCUGGAGGUUGACAUGGGAAAAUGUCAAUUCAAGACUAGUCUGGACAAUGAGGCCUAGUUUCAGAAAAAAAAAAAAACUAAACUAAACAAAUAAUGUUUCUGUGAAAAGCUUUGUGACAGUGAUUUUCAACCUUUCUAAUGCUGUGUCCUUACAAUACAGUUCCUCGUGUUGUGUUGACACUCCCUAACCCCCAAACAUAAUAUUAUUUUCAUAACUACUGCAUGACUGUAAUGUUGCUACUUUUCUGAAUUGUAAUGUAAAUGGUUUUUUUUUUUAAGAUUUAUUUAUUAUUAUGUGUAAGUACACUGGAGCUUCCUUCAGACACACCAGAUGAGGGCGUCAGAUCUCAUUACGGGUGGUUGUGAACCACCAUGUGCUUGCUGGGAUUUGGACUCAGGAUCUUUAGAAGAGCAGCCAGUGCUCUUACCCGCUGAGCCAUCUCACCAGUAAAUGUUUUCCGAUGGUCUUAGGUGACCCCUGUGAAAAGGUCAGUCAAACUUUAUCAGAAGGUCUAGUUGACACCUGAGAAUUCUUAAGAUACACAGGACUUGUGUUUGUUAGAUAAACAGACUACAUGGAUUAUCUCCUUUCUAUUAGCAAAAUCUAGACAUGUUCACAUCAAGUGAAGUUAGAAAUACUGUGGUUUCUGUGUCUAACCAACAGACAUCCCUUUGUAUACUUUAAAUCAGUUCUGGAAUACAUGUAAUGCCUCAUAUACUGGAAAUCUUUCUUAUAUGUGGAGGCACAAAAUGGGGGAUUCCCUUCACCAUCAGGGCUUCUCCUUCUCAGACCUUGUCUUAUGACCUUGAACCCCCACCCCCACCUCUACCUGUGGAAUGUCACAUAGCCUUGUUGAGAUUAAAGGUUCAGCUUCCUUUCUCUAGAUAAGAACCAGAUCAACAAACACCUGACGCACCUGGAAUGCCUCUCCAUGCUAAUGACUCAUCUCAAUACCUUAGCCUUCAGCCAGAGACCUUUGCCUACCCUGGAUAGCCUUAUCCCCAUCCCCCCAAAUAUAUAACCCUAUUUCACCCAGAUUAAAGUAGAUCUGUCUCCAAAUAGCCUGAAGCUGGUCACUGAAUGUGUCAUUUCUGUUUGUACUCCCGGGCUGUCUAAAAACCCUAUUCUUGGACUUUGUUCUCUUUGACCUCCUGGGCCAGCGACCAGUGACCCGAGAAGAAGGGAGACCUACAGCUCUAUUAUAUUUUUAGGAAAUAAUAAAGAUGUACACUAUGUAAAUGUUUUAAAACAUAUUUUCAUCUAUGGUGGAUCAAUAGGUCUAGAUCAAUGUAUCUUAGAUGAAGAACCCACAAAAAGAUAGGGCUACUUUGUACACUUUAUUCCUUGGGCAUAAUGGAUAUUAUUGAUGUCAAUAGUAUUUGUGAAAAUUAGGAUUGGGAUAUAAUAAAAAAUGAUAACUCAUAAAUUUUUAGUUUUUUAUUUUAGUUUUAUGUCUUUUAUAAUGAUGAGUAUUUUGAAUCUUCAUUGUCUUAACAGUAAUUUUUAGCAUGAUGAAAUCUAAGCAGAUUAUCUCCUAGACUUAUCUAGACUUAGUUCUUCAUCUGAGAGCUAUUUUGUUUUCUUGUGGACUUUUAUCCAAGUUUCCCUGGCUCGUUUCUUAAGGCUGCCAUCCUCUUAUUCUGAGAUGCCCCUUAGUUGUUACCUGGAUUCUUUGCUUUCUUGAUAUAUUUCCUUAUAUUUUAGAUUCAUCAGAGGAUCAGUAGAAAAACAAGUUUUAUGUGUGAAGUAUGUGUAUGUAUUUGAUCAUCUAUGCACAUAUAUGUGUACAACCACGUAUGUUUAAACAUGUUUAAAUAUGUACAAAGGUUAAUGCUACAUUCUUCUUCAGUCAUUCUCCACAUUAUUUGAUUUGACAAGGAGUGGAAGUUAAGUGACUGAGCUAGACUGGCCAGUCAGCAAGCUGUGGGGACCCUAUUGUCCCCACUUCCUUACACAACCACAGUACAACCACAGUGCUCAACAGUUUUGUAUAAGUGUAAGGAUUUGAACUCAGGACUUUAUGCUAGCACAAGUACUUUACGGACUGAAUCAUCUCACUAGGCCUGGAAAUAAUUUUGAAACCUUUCUUUUUUUAAAAAGUUGUCUUUACUCUACUUGUUUUAGUAAUUAAUUAGCUGUUAUCGUGUGAGCUAAAAUAAUUUUUAUUCUGAAAUUUGACAGCUUUAUUUUUUUCUAACAUGUAGUACCUUUGACCUUGAAUUCUUUCCCUAUUUCCUAUGGAAGCCCCUCAUCCUGUGUCUCUUAUUUUUUUCUGUAUUUUCGUAUAAUUUUUAGGUGAAGUAUAUAAAUAACUUUUUUGUUGAAAUUGUGUUAAAAAAUUAAUGCUUUUUUAAAAAUAGAAUAUAUUCUGAUUAUGGUUUCCCCUUCUCCCUCAUCUCCUCCCACCUCUUCACUAAUUCAUGGCUUUUGCCAUCUAUAAAAAAUAAGCAAGCAAAUAAAACAAGCCAUUUUUUAAAGUACAAGAAAUAUACAGACAAGCAAAACCUAUUUAAAAAAAAAACACAAAAAGGGAAACAACAGCAUAUAAGCAAUCGUGCAGUAUGGGGAAAAAAGGGGGUAAAAAAGAGCUCUAUGAGACACAAACAAAACCACCAUUCAGGUCUAGUCAGUGUUGACUGUGUACUGCCCUUAUGUUUGGUUUGUAAAUCCAUUCAGUCUUUAUUGGAGAAACCUAUUGUUUCUUUGGUAAUGGUUGUCAAUUGAAGAUAGUUUCUUGAUUAACUUUUAAACAUCAUAUUAUCACAUAAUUUAUUUGGUGAUACAUUUAUAAUGCUAGUUUUAAAUUUUGAUGUGAAUACAAAUUGAAAUAAUCUCUUUACAUGGAAGCUUAGUAAUGCUACCCAAAAUUUAAUAUCUAUGCUACCUGGUAACUCAAAUUCUACCUGAAAUGAUGUACACCAGAGCGGUACACGUACACAUGCAUAGCUGCUGAGAGCAGGAGCUGAGAACAAUACACAACUAUUUACUAACCACUCGGUUUCUAACAGUAGAGGACUGUGUGAAUAAAUGACAGUAUAUUUACAAAAUGAAAGACUGUAGUUUUUAGAGAGAUUAUGUGUGGGGCAUGAUUAUUUUGUGUGAAAUGAUGUAGAUUAAGUGAAAACUCAAGAAUGACAUUAGGGCGCUUUUACCCAGGAAGACCAUUCUUCCCACUCUCAGUCUUCCAGAGUUGCUGUAGCUCUUAUCUAGAAUUGAGGCAUUUUGAAACUUUUCCUUCUGCAUUAGCAUGUCUGUGGCAUCAUCUUUAUAUAGGUCAUGUUUAUGCAGCUAUGGUGGUAAGAACGACACAAGUGUAGAAUCUGACAUUUCUAGGAGAUUUUAUGGUAAACUUCACCCUUGCAUCCCUUCUUCUGCAGUGUUUCCUAACUUCAGUGCAAGAGUUGUGUUGCAGAUGUUUCAGGUGGGAUUGUGCUCCUCAUUUCUGUAUUACGAGGGGGUAUGAAGAGGAAAUCAAAAGAGCACGGAGAGAGCUCUAAUAAGGUUGGGAAAAGGGAGCUACAUCUGGAAGAAAGGAAACUGGUAAAACGACAGGAAGGAUGUCUGAUAUCAUAAGGAAACAGACCAUUAGCUAUCUACCUAAAACACUUAUGUAAGUAAGUCAAUGUAUAAAUACACAUACAUACUUUGAAUGAAAUUUUCUUAUUUGGGCUGACAGUGCUUCCUUCUAGAGCCAACUCCAAACUUUCUAAGCAAAACCCCACAGUGGGCAUGAUAUGCCUGUUUUAAGUUGCGGGUCAGGGUUAUCCAAGGUAAGGCACUAUAGCAAAAGACACUGUAUGCCUCAGACACAGGGCACAGUGAUCUUUGAGCUGUAACUGGCUUGAAUUCCUCCUCUCUAAGGACCAACUUUCCAGAAGGCUGCAUACAGGUUUCCAAAGGAGGGAUGCCAACUACUUAACUAUUACACCUAUAAAUCGCAACAACUAACUUGACAGUAAUCUUAAUGGUGCAGUAGUGGCAAAUGUACUUUGGCAGUAACAAGCACCUCUGUAAUUGGACUCAAGGAA